AUGGAUGGAUACGAAGAAUGUUUCGCCGAUGAUGAGUCUGACAAUAAUAUUGUUACUACACGUAAUGUGCGUUACUCUAACCAUGAAAACAGCGAUGGCGAACAACUAAGUGGAGACAGUGAUCGGGAUUUUUAUUCAGACCCCAUAAAGCAGGAAAACGAGUGCGUCUUUGACACAGAAUGGGCAUUGAAAAGAAGGUGCAGUUUAUCUUCCCUGAUCUAUUCUCGCUUUCUUGUGCGCUGGGAGGACAAAAUGAAGUCAGUUCGCUGAGUUCGUGGCGGAAGCUAGAGUUAUUUCGACGAUGGCGUUGUUUUCGGUAGAAGACUUUCAAGAGACUGUAGAAAGCUGACUGAUACUACCUUCGUCCAACAACGAAUAAUAUUGUUCCUUGGCAAAGAAUACAAAAGAUAUUGAUGAAACUGUAUUACAAAUUAAAAUGAAAGAGCGCCGAAUUAUAGAGAAGAAGGGACAUCUGCCAGAACAACUACUGAGGACAAUAAUCCUUUUGUCAAAGAGGGUAAAAUUCUGUUGGGUUCAUAACAGGUUA